AUGGCUCCAACAACAAUCCUGUCGCGGCGCAAUGAGAGCGGCACUGUGGGUACGGGAGACGGCGACUGGCGAGCCUUUGCCUCGGAUGAGGACUUCAUUCUGGAGGGCUGGUCGGAGGGAUUCAUGGUCGGUGCGCUCGUCAUCAUGGCAUGCAUCACCGUCGCAAAUAUGAGAAGGGGGGUUCUUUUGCACAAGUUGAUUCUAGUCGAGCAACUUGCAGCCCUCUCACAUGGAACAUUCUGCUUCAUGGGAUUCAGAGGCUACGGUUGGUAUCUGUCCUCGACCGCCACUCUCUUGUACAUCUCCUGGAUCGUCCACAACAUCGUCGCCUGGAUGAAAAUCAAACCUUUCUUCAUGGAUUCCAGGAGCAUGUUCAAGCCCGAAACCGGCAAAUGGGUGCGGAGGAUAUACCUGGGGACAUUGGCCCUCACGGUGCCUUUCAUCUGUUGGCAGAUCUCGAACAAUUUUCGGUUCUUCAAUAACAUCAACGACUUUUAUGUCAAGGUGCGCCCUUACGAGCCCCUCAUGAGGGACCCGUGGUGGGUUUUUACCUGUCUCACCCUGUUUUAUGUGAUCAACUCCGUGUACGGGACGGGUGUCUUCGAACUUAUCAAGCGAUCCCCUCGAUUUGGAAUCCUACUAUGCGCCAUUUGUUUCUCCCUCAUCUUCACGGCGGUCGACAUUGCGGCAAGUAUUCACAAUUUCACCGGCAGUACUGACGGCAUCAACCCGUGGUGGAAAUUGAGUCUAGUAUUCAAGUGCCUCACCGAUACAAUCAUGCUCGACGAUUUCAAGACCGAACUGAAGCGCCUCGGCAUCCGACGCAUGCGCAAGGAAGAAUUGAGAAGGCAUAGCUUUGCCCUUGUCGGCGACCCCAACGACUACAAGGAAGGAGACGAUCAAAUGGAAUUCUCCGACGCUCUGCACACCAAUCCCCUCCAGUUCCAGACAACGCAAAACUUGGAUGACAGCCCAAGGAGCAGCCCUAUGGGACGCCUGCGGCAAGAUUCGAUCACCAAUUCACAGUCGAACGAGAAGGAAGCCAUUGGGAAAUCGGGCAAGAAGAUCUCCAAGCUCCCGAGCCUCAAGGACUUCUCCUUUGCUUCCGGGGGCCGCAAAAAGGUGCGAAUCCAAGAUCCCGAGAAGGAUGGUGAAGGAGGAGACUCGUCUCGUCCAGCUGCACCAGCUUUCGACCGUCUGGCGGAUAUGCGAAGAAGCCUGGGUGUGAUCGACUACCACAACCGAUGA